AAACGUAUGUAUGGUAAUAGUGUUAUUUCCUGAAGAAUCGACUUCGUUAGCCAUCCAUUCUCACAAUACCAUUAACGCGGCGUUUCUCCCGACGCUCCGGCUCCGCCAUGAACACUGAGUCAGUUGUCGAGUUCCUGGGAAACGUCCCCCUGCUGCAGAGGUUACCGAGUUCUUCUCUGAAGCGAAUCUCUGAAGUUGUCGUGUUCAAGCGUUUCGGCAAAGGGGAGUAUAUUGUUCACGAAAAUCAAGCUUGGGAUGGAGUCUAUUUCAUAUGGGAAGGAGAGGCCGAGGUUUCUGGAUCGAUCGGAGAGGAAAACCGUCCCGAGUUUCUCUUGAAACGAUAUGAUUACUUUGGUCAUGGUAUAUCCGGGCCUGUCCAUUCAGCAGACGUAGUCGCUCUAUCUGAGCUCACCUGUUUAUUGUUGCCAUGCGAUCAUUGUGCUCUGCUUGAGACAAAGUCAAUCUGGCACUCAGAGAAGGCACCUGAGACAUGCUCUCUUGUGGAACACAUAUUGCAUCUGGAGCCAUUAGAAUUGAAUAUAUUCCGGGGGAUCACAUUACCUGAGGCCCCAAAAUUUGGAAAAGUUUUUGGUGGACAAUUUGUAGGACAGGCACUUGCUGCAGCAUCAAAAACUGUUGAUUUCCUUAAGAUUGUCCAUAGUUUACAUUCCUAUUUUCUUCAAGUUGGAGAUUUUAACAUGCCCAUCAUUUAUGAAGUCCAUCGAAUACGUGAUGGUAACAACUUUGCAACACGGAGAGUGGAUGCUAUACAGAAAGGAAAUGUCAUAUUCACGUUAUUUGCAUCAUUUCAGAAAGAGCAAGAAGGAUUUGACCAUCAGGAGACAAAAAUGCCAGCGGUUCCUGAUCCUGAUACACUGCUAUCAAUGGAGGAGCUGCGUGAAAGGCGUAUAACUGAUCCCCGUCUUCCUAUGAGCUACAGGAACAAAGUUGCUACUUCAAAUUUUGUCCCCUGGCCCAUAGAGAUUCGGUUUUGUGAGCCCAACAGUUCUACAAAUCAGACAAAAUCACCUCCGAGAUUAAGGUAUUGGUUUAGAGCCAAGGGUAAACUGUCAGAUGACCAAGCUUUGCACCGAUGUGUGGUUGCAUAUGCAUCGGAUCUGAUAUUCGCUGGUCUCAGUUUGAACCCUCACCGGAGAAGAGGUCUGAGACUAGCUGCACUUAGCCUGGACCACUCGAUGUGGUUUCACCGACCUCUAAGAGCCGAUGACUGGUUACUGUUUGUGAUGGUGAGUCCAACCGCAUUCCAGACGAGGGGGUUUGUCACUGGUGAGAUGUUCAACAGAAAAGGAGAGCUGGUGGUGUCAUUGACGCAAGAGGCGUUGCUAAGAGAAGCCAGGCCUCCCAAGCCCCCCUCCCUCACCUCUAAUCUCUGAAACGUCGGAUAUGAUAUAUAAAAACAGCAUUUUUGUUCUAUUUCCCUGUCUUUCCUUUUUUUUCCAUAUAUAUAAAAUAAAGGACAACAUCAAAUCAACCGUAUGUUGCAUGGUUUAAAUAUAUUUAUAAUAAAACCCAACCCAACUGUGUGUGAUUAUUUGUCUUUU